AUCUUCGACAAUACGGGUGAAAAUGGAGUCCACUGCUGCCCAUACCUCACAGUGCUCACCCAGACUGCUUCCAGUAGAGAGAAGCUCAAAGUAGCUACGGGUCUCCAUAUCGCUUCCCAGAGUACAGGGCAUUUAGAUUCCAUACAGGCCGUUCUAAGAAGCAACGCGACUUAUGCUGAGAACUUGGCGACGGUUGACAUUACCAGAAAUAGCACACUGAGCCAACCACUUAAGAUCGACCACAUCCACUCUCUCAUGGACGCCACCUCUUGAGCGACCCUAUUCGGAGUUGACCAUCGCGUCCACAAUAAGCCCACAUAAUAUUGGCAUCCAGAUCCGCUUCAAUACGAACGGUAUCAACAUCACCUACAUAGACUCUAUUGUCACGACUACCGGCGAUAUCUCCUUCACUGCCUUUAGCCUGUUCAGCCCACCGCCUGCUGCACCAGGUAUUCCUCGAGGAUUGGAGUCCUCUUCCUGUAAACGCCCGCGACAAACGUGCAGUCAUCCAAGCAGCAGCAGAUGCAUACUUCGACUAUUUUACCAAUAAUAGCAUUGCAGUCCCU